GGCUGAGGUAGGGCUGGGCGGAGGAGGAGGAGGAAGAGCAGCCGCCGAGAAAGGCGCCAAGCGGGUGGAGCGAGCCCCGGGCCUCCCUCAGCCGCGGCCGUUGCGGAGCGCCCUGCCUGCGGCCCCAACAUGGACGAAGAGGGCGGCGGGGGUGGCGGCGUGCCUGAUGACCUCUCCAUAGAAGAAAGAGAAGAACUUUUAAAUAUUCGUCGCAGGAAAAAAGAACUGAUUGAUGAUAUUGAGAGAUUAAAAUUUGAAAUAGCUGAGGUUAUGACAGAAAUUGAUAACCUGACCAGUGUGGAAGAAAGCAAAACUACACAAAGAAAUAAGCAGAUAGCUAUGGGAAGGAAGAAAUUCAACAUGGACCCUAAGAAGGGAAUACAGUUUCUGAUAGAAAAUGACCUCCUGCAGAACACUGCAGAAGACAUUGCACAGUUCCUUUACAAAGGAGAAGGAUUAAAUAAAACCGUAAUUGGCGAUUACCUCGGUGAAAGAGAUGAAUUUAAUAUUAAAGUUCUUCAGGCUUUUGUUGAACUCCAUGAGUUCGCUGAUCUCAAUCUUGUACAAGCCUUAAGGCAGUUUCUGUGGAGCUUCAGACUCCCAGGAGAGGCUCAAAAAAUUGAUCGUAUGAUGGAAGCUUUUGCUUCACGCUAUUGCCUUUGUAACCCAGGAGUUUUUCAGUCUACAGAUACGUGCUAUGUGCUAUCAUUUGCGAUCAUUAUGUUAAAUACCAGUCUGCACAACCACAACGUAAGAGAUAAACCAACAGUAGAGAGGUUUAUUUCUAUGAAUCGUGGAAUUAAUGAAGGUGGAGACCUUCCAGAAGAAUUGCUACGGAAUUUAUAUGAAAGUAUUAAGAAUGAGCCGUUUAAAAUUCCAGAGGAUGAUGGAAAUGAUCUAACGCAUACAUUUUUUAAUCCAGAUAGAGAAGGUUGGCUGCUGAAAUUAGGGGGAAGAGUAAAAACAUGGAAACGAAGAUGGUUUAUUCUGACUGAUAAUUGCCUGUAUUACUUUGAAUAUACAACAGACAAAGAACCUAGAGGGAUUAUUCCAUUAGAAAACCUUAGCAUAAGAGAAGUUGAAGACCCUAGAAAACCAAACUGCUUUGAGCUCUAUAACCCCAGUCAUAAAGGGCAAGUGAUUAAAGCCUGUAAAACCGAAGCUGAUGGUAGAGUGGUAGAAGGCAACCAUGUAGUGUAUAGAAUAUCUGCUCCCACCCCAGAAGAAAAAGAAGAAUGGAUUAAAUCUAUCAAAGCAAGUAUCAGCAGGGAUCCGUUUUACGAUAUGCUGGCAACAAGGAAACGAAGAAUUGCAAACAAGAAAUAGAACGUGAUCAGCGGCUUGUAUACAUGCAUCAACUUAUAAAUGAGCAUACAGUUGAGUGAUAAUGUAAAAAUUGGACACACUAAGUGAAGACAUUAACUGUAAAUUUUAUAUAUAUAUAUAUAUAUAUAUACUCUACUAUGACAUAAAAACUUGGCAAGACCUUUCAAGGUAAAUAGUUAUUGGCAUAUAAUUUGAAGUAAGCUUCAAAUCCCAGAGGAUGAUUUUGUUGGAACUUUAUUCAACUGAAAACAUGGAAGCCUUGUUUCUGCUUGUGUUAGUUACAGCUCCAGUUUACUUUGGCGGGGAAGGAAUUCCAGGCUAAUAUGCUGUACCUGUUCCUUGAGCUCGUUGUCCAUAAAUGGAGGAGCAAUUGAAAUUAUUUUAAUCUCCAUUAAAUGCAGCACUACACAGUGGAGUCGGGGGCGAUCUAGCACUUAAUUUUUCUGUAAGCAGAAAACCCACAAUCUCAGUAGCAGUUUUUAAAUCUUGUGCAUCUCGCAGUAAAUGACCAGCUGAGUGAAGCUUUCAUUUAGAGUAUGUGCUCCUGCGUUAGAUGGAAAUAGCUUUUCUUCUUCAGAAGUGCAGCUGAGUGGUGGACUGGCAGCUAUGUAGUUAACUAGUUGUGCCAAAGGGUUUGUGUUGAAUACACUGAAAAAUAUGCAGGUCCCAACGGUAAAGGAUUGUCUGUAGGCAUGACACUGAGUACAGAUGUGGUUUGAUAUUUGCCAGUAGGCUAAAACUCAUUCCAGUUUGCUCAUGCACAAUAAGCAGUAAGAUUUAAUGACCGGUUUCAUCUGCUUUUUAUAUAGUAACAUCCUUCUUAUGUUUUAGGUAUGUUGUAGUUAAACUAACACUAAGUUACUACUAAAGGAAUAAGAUGACAGGGCUUGCAUGUGUUGCGUUAGACUUUGCAUGUGAAAACACCCCCUAAUAAUUUCACAUGCAUUUAAUAUUUUUAAAGGGAAAAAACAGGAACGUGUAUUCUUUCUGUAAGAUACAGCCCUAGAUAGUUAAGGCAUCAGCAUUCAUUCCUUUGCUUAAUAGCAAACUUUGAACAUACAGAAAAGUUAAAUAUUUUCAUUACAUUCUUAAAGGCGAUUUUUCAGACUUGUGCUUCAGUCAUUGAAGAAGUGAGUAGACAUCCUUACUUUUACAUAAAGAACAAAAUCUGUAUCUAACAUUGUGUUAUCUAAUGCACCUAAACUCCCACCCCCACAUGUUUUUUUGUAACUUCUGGAAGAUCUUUCUGCAGUCCCACUCUGAUGGUCUUUCAGUAACAUAUAAACUGCCUUGGCAGAUUCUGUUACAGUGCUUUUCUAUUGACAGCGUGCAUGCAUAACACUCAAGGUCAAGCCCCUCAUUUUGCAGUGGGGACAUAGUGUUUGUUUGGAUCCUGCUGCUUCUGUUAGUACUCAUUUUUUUCACAAACUUGUUGAACCUGAGCCGUGCCUACUGUGCCAGCGAAUGCUUUGGUGACCCAGUAUGUUGUCAAAGCAGUUUUGCUUCUUGGAGUUAACAGAAGCAGCUCUGGAUACAUGAUAGGAAAUUAUGCUGCAUUGGGAAAAACAGACGCUUACUAAGUUGAUCUAUUUCAAAUCUCAUUUUAACUUUAAAGGACAGUCACUUUUGUGGUUCCUGUCUUACUAAUUUGCCUUGUUUUGCAUGGAAUGUCAGCCUGUGAAUAUUUCGCUUUAUUGCAUGCUUCAAAAAAAGGCUGAGAGGAAGAGCCUGGAGGAACCUUUUCUAUACUAUAUACUAUUUCUAUACUCCCCGAGCAUGUGGAAUUGUAGGCUACUUGGAUGAAUGUUCAAAUGUGAGUAGGGGAGCAAACCUCAGCCAAAGGAGGUAGAAUCUUUGCUUAACAGUAAGUAUCAACGUGGGGACAUCUUUGCUUAAUGGUAGCCAUUUAAACUCUUUAUAGAAACGAAUUAAGUUGUACAUCUUAUGUUUGGAAAGCAGUAUGGUUACCCAGCUGCUAACCUAAUGACUUGAGUCUUCUGCUCUGCAACUUCAAUUUUUGUUUUCAAUCAGUGCAUACAUCAGUUUUAGCUUUGGACAAGUAGAUUUGUAAUGCAAAUAGUGAUAAACCAGAAUCAGUGGUACUGACGAGUGUAAUGGUGAAAUGCAGCAAAUAAAGUAUUCCUGGAGAAAUGUGAGAUUACAAAAACAGUAA